AUGGCUCUUGAGCUCUACGGAGAGGUGCGCUCCACCUCCGGCAGGGAGCUCUCAAUGCAGACUGUGGAGGGCAUGCUGUCCCAGGUGGGAUUGGGCCAGCAGGUCCUGUCGGGUCUGCUGGAGAGUCGGAUCCCGGUGCUGGGCAACAUCAUCUCAGGGGGCGUCUCCUUCAUGGCCUCGUACAGCCUACUGAAGUCUGCCAUCAAGGACCUGCGUGAGGACGCCGAGAGAGUGAUGCACAGAGCUCUGGAUGGGGCAGACAACACCCAAGAGGACGUUCCGGAUCCAGGAUAUUUUUAUGCGGACUAAGGGAGCCAAAUGUGACCCCGGGGAUUUGGCUGGGUGAUGCUGGGAGGGGAAACCUACAGAGGACUAUGUAUUAAAACUGCAAAUGGGAUGCGGAUUGAAUUAGCCCUGCACAUUGCACACAUAGCACUAUACAAGUACAAUAGUGCUAAGACAGGCUGCCCAACUGAAACUGAACUGUUUUUCCUGACUUUUUCUUUACAGACUACAAUUUACAUCAUACAAAAACAGAGACAAGGACACAACAACAUAGUCUCCAAAAGCCAGAGAAAAGUGGUAGGUCUUCAGAUGGGAUUUAAGUGUUGGAAUAGUGGAGGCAGUUCUGACAUGGAGUGACGGAGCGUUCCACAGCUUCGGGGCAGCCACUGAAAAGGCUAGAUCUCCUUUCAGUUUACGCCACAAACGUGGAACUUACAAGAGUAGUUGGGUAGAGGAUCUGAGCAAUCUGGAGCUGGAGUGUCAGAAAAGGAGGUCAGAGAGGUAGGGAGGGACCAGACAAUUUGACAGUGGAGAGAUGCAAGUACAUGAGCGAUAUGGUCACUCUUUCAGGUGCCUGUUAAAAGCCUGGCAGCUGCGUCUUGAACCAGUUGUAGGGGAAGUUGGGAGGACUGACUGACGCCAAUGUAUAAUGACAGUAUCCACCUGUCAGUCUUUGGCUGAUAGGAUUGGCUUGAUUCAAUGUUUCUGAGGUGGAAGAAGCUGCAUUCAACAACUGCAUUGAUCUGUGUGUGUCAAAGCAGAAGGCAGAGUCAGAAAUCACACUCAGAUUCCUUGCAUGUGUUUUAAUGAACAGGGAGAGUCUGUGGUGACAAACAAUAGCACAUCAGUCUUACUUUCAUUAAGCUAGAGGACAUGCUUUGGUUAUCCAGCAUUUGAUUUCCCUGAGCAGUUAAAAGUUGUUUGUAAACAGCCUUUGUUGUUUGGCUUCAGUGUUAUAUACAGUACAUACAGUAGUACAUGAUCAAAUUACAUUGUAACCAGGGCAACAUGAAAUAAAUAUGCAGUCAGAGCUGUUGUUCAUGAAUCGAGCUUACACUAUUAAUUGUUCUAAAGUAUUAAAUCAUUGUUCACUGGUAAAUCUUGAUUCCUCCAUGUCGGUUUGUGGAUGAACUAAUUCUCACUUCAGUUUAUAUGUUUCUGAAUUGGUCUUUUAGAAAUUAAUUAUUUAUAUCAUAUUAUAGGAAGCAUAUGAUUGCAGCUAUUGCUGCUUAGGGUGGUGCAACCAGUUACUAAGAUUAAGGGGGAAAUUAAUUUUUCACAGGGGUGAUAUGGGUGUCUUUUGUCGUUAAAUUAAUUAAAUAGUAAAAGUGAUUUCGUUUUUGUUUACUCAGGUUCCCAUUGUCUAAUAUUACAUU